AAAAAAUAUGUUAGCAUCGUUGUUUACAUCAUGUCAAAUUUAUUAACAUGAACGAAGUACAAGAAAAUGGUGAUGUUGCAGAAGAAGCGGUAAUAACCAAUGGUGUCCAUGAUGAAGAACCCAAUGAUGAAGUGCAAACAAAAGAAGAUUUGGAUGAAAACAUUGAUGAUACCAAACUGACCAAUUUACAAAUAUCAAAUAUUGAUGCCUCUGAAGUAGAUGAUGAUACUCAGGUUAAAUUGAAGGGAGAUCUGAUUGGUGAGACCAUGUACAGUGAAUCGUUUGUAGUAAAAACAUUGCUUAGAUUCAAUAAGCUAGAGUGGUCUCAGGAUUUGGAAGAAGACCUGUGCUUCAUUUGGGAUAUGACUGUAGAACCAGAUGUGUGUGAUUACUUAUUCGAUGUAAGCUUCCCAUCUCUGGUGUGUGAUGUAAUAUUAACAGAAACAGUUAAUCGGCUCACAGAGAUUUUAAUUGGAAUAUUGAGCAAUAUUUGUAUAUCGAAGAAUGCACAGGAGUUGAUGCCAGAGCAGAUUGAUAUUGUUCUUAGCUUCACUCAUUCAGAUGAUCCUUUCAUUUUAAUACAGGUUAUGAGAUUUAUCAAGGUGAUGUGCCAUAAUACUUCUGAUUUGAGCUUCAUCAAUGGGGAUUUGCUGGAUAAGAUAUGUUUUAUAUUGAGCAAUUCUAUGAAUGUGCAAUUACUUGGGAAUGCUAUGGAUGCAAUAUGCAGGAUUACUGAUGACAAAAAACUGGACUUGAAAAUGAUGAACGGUAAUCUGUUUAAAAGUUGCUUGGAGGGAUUUAAGACAAUUUGUGAUUGUGAGAGCAACACUGAGUUCAAUAUUUAUCGAUUGGAUAAUAUCAAGAGCACAACUAACCACUGGUUGCAAAUUCUUGUAAAUAUAUGUACUUAUGUGAGCAACUCGACUGAAUUGGACUUUUUGUUGGACAUUGAUGAGUUGACAGAUGAGGCUUUACAAAUUGUCAACAAUAUAUUAAUCAGCUACCAGGAAGAUGUUGAGUUUGAGUUGUGCUGUGACGAUUUGAGUUUUACCAUUAAAACAUUGAACUAUGUGAGCCCAAUUUUGAAUGCUCACAAUCAUAAGCUUUUCUUCACUCUGUUGAAUAUCAUGCCUCAACUGAUUGAUGAUCAGGAGUUUUAUAAGAAUAUUUGCAAUGAUUUCGUCGAGUUGCUGUGUUACUUCAUCUCGAUAUUCAACGUGAAUAAUUUAAAAGAGAAGGGACUUUCAAGUAACCAUUUGGUGAUUUUAGAAUUCAUUAAAAACUUUAAUUUAGAUUGCUCUUAUAAAUAUGUAGAUAAUUUGAAUAAUAUGAUUAAGAUUAUUACUGUUGGACCUGAUGAUUAAUAUCCUUACUGAAGAUUUUAAUGCACCUUUUUAAGAAUAUUUUUUGUAUGAAAUAUAGAUUUUUUUAUAUAA